UUGCUGUGUAUUGCCUCGCUACACCACAUUGAAACGCACACCUUGUUAGUUGAUUCUAGACCAACCUACUAUGAUGCACAUAUGGCAGCCGUUUAUCAACUUGCGGUCUGCCUUUCACGUCUUUCUCACCACGAACACCUAAUCUGCGCAAAACGUCACUUCUCUUUGUAUCUCCAGGAUGCCGGGAGGUACACACCCUCCACUUGAGGUUGUGCAAUCGUGGCCUACACCCAACUACAUCAACCCAAUUACUAGACCAAACACGGUUCUCUUGCUUGCGUGCAUCUGUGGUCCUAUCACUGUCGCUACGUUACUGGCAAGAUUAUGGGUCCGAAUCUUUCUUCAGCGCACUCCGGGAUGGGACGAUUGGUUGAUGUUGAUCGCUACUGUGCGUUGCACCUUCUUAAUGACUGCUGCUGAGCUAACCAUCGCAGAUACCAACCCAUUCGAUCGACACGUCUGGGACACCGAAGUCUUCAGGAAUCCGGAGAAGAUUGUCCUAUCGAGGAAAUACGUACUCGCCAUUUUAUGCUUCUUUUGUACUACAUCUGGUCUAAUCAAGGUUUCCAUCCUCCUCUUCUAUCGGCGUCUAUCUGCUCGUGCAGUCUCGAACAACUUCCGAUGGGCAACCUGGUUAAGCAUCGGCUUCAUUGUCGCAUAUACUAUCGCUCUGACACUUGCUCCCCUUUUUGGAUGCAACCCAAUCUCGGCAUUCUGGGACCAAGGGAAUCCAAUUUGGGUGAAGCAGGGACAUAAGUUUCACUGCUUCGAUGAGGGAGCCGACAUCUUUGUUGCGGGUCUUCUCUCCGCCAUACAGGACUUCAUUACUGCGAUCCUUCCUAGUUUUCUCUACUGGAACCUUCAGAUCUCACUCCGUCAGAAAAUACCACUCAUUGGUAUAUUUGCCCUCGGAUAUGGCGUUGUAGCGCUUGCCAGUUUGCGUGCGUACUACUGCUGGAGAAUAUAUUACGACACCUACGAUGUUUCUUGGGAGACAUGGAAACUCUUUGUCGUAACGAUGCUGGAGCUCCAUGUUGGUGCAUUUUGCGCUAAUGCACCGGCUAUGAAAGUCUUCUUCUGGCACUUCUUCCGACACAAGUUCCCCUCGGGAUCUAGAACAACAGGCAGAUUAGGCCAUAAAAGUAGAGAUAUCAGCGGUUCUACAAGAUCAAGGACUGAUAGAUCGAACUCAAGCGUGUUGGGGAAAGUCGCCUGCCUGUUUUCGAAAGAGAAUGGCUCGCAUGUCAAAACAGGAUACAUUUCUGAACCCGGUACAGGAUUCUCAGUCGACGCGCACGGUGGCGUUCAAGUCCAGAAAGAGGUUCACAUCACUCACUCCCGGCCACCGACCAUCGGCACCAGCGCCAACCGUAACGGUAUCCGUGACUCUAUAGAUAGCACCGAUGUCAUAUGUAACCGAAAUUACGACGGUAUCGAGCUCAGUCAGUACAUCAGCGACACGAAUUCACGCGCCUCCAGUUUGUAAUCAUUGGAAAGAGCCUCGGAGGAUGGCGUGGAGUCUCGUUUGACAUCACCGGUAUAAACGACGUUCCGAAUGCCCGAUUCAAGCUAAACCUUUGUCACAAACGUUGGAAGUACCUCGCACUAG